UAGAUGCUGUGAUGGAUGAAGUUUCGUUAAACGAUCAGGGAAGUGGGGAAAUUGGAGGGACACUAACAUGUGCUGGAUGUCUCAAUGCAAUUGAUGAGGAUGAAUUUAUACAGGCACUAAAUCAAGAAUGGCACAUUGAUUGCUUCUGCUGCUCAGCAUGUGAUAUUGGUCUCUCCUCGUGGUAUUUUGAGAAGGAUGGCUUACUUUUCUGUAAAGAUGACUACUGGGCUGCUUAUGGGGAAGCCUGUCAAGGUUGUGGCCAAAUCAUCACAGGUCCAGUCAUGCUGGCAGGAGAUCACAAAUUUCACCCAGAAUGUUUUGCCUGUAACUCUUGCGGAGCUUUCAUUGGGGAUGGAGAGAGUUAUGCAUUGGUUGAAAGAUCCAAGCUCUAUUGUGGAAGUUGUUACAAGAGGCAGAUGCAGCCAAUCAAUAGGACAGCUAAUCAUCCAUUCACCAGGAAGCCACAUAGCAUCAGAUUGGUAGAAAUACCUCCAAAUACUUCUGAUCCUGAGAAACAGAGAGGAAUCAAGCUGACGUUAGACACAACCCCUAGUCCUCGAAAUUGUGGUGCUUUGCUUCGUAUAUCUGAGUUAAUGAGAAAUGUUCGUGGAAAGAUCAGUAAGCUGCUGGCCUUUGUGAUGGAGGUUCUAUUUAGGCUAUGCUGCCACUUCUCUAAUCAUAGACUGAAUAUGUCCAGUGAUCUCAUAUCUUUACACAUUGGCGACCGAAUACUCGAAGUCAAUGGCACUCCAGUUAAGGAUCAGCCCAUAGAGAGCAUUGAAAAUCUUAUACAACAUUCAGACACAGUUUUACAGUUAACCAUUGAACACGAUCCGGACGCAGUAUCGCGACGACCAACAUUUUCUUCGCCGUCUGCGGCGAUGUUGACAUCGAUCCCAAGUCCAAGGACGAGUCCAGAAAAUAAAGAACGUUUAUUUAAACGUCGCGAUGAAGGUUAUAUCAGUGGAACUCGAAGCAGACAGUUGCGGAGAACUAGAGAUCCUAUGCACAAAGAGCGGAGUAGCUCCAUGUCGCGACUGCUUGACGGAUCUGCAACAAAUCCUACAUGUGACUUAAGCAGAACUAGAUCGUUUCGUGUCGAACCAAAGAAUCAAAGAAUAUUCCGUGCCAGUGAUCUAGUGAAGGGUGAACUCUUGGGUACAGGAUUUUUUGGACAAGUGUUCAAAGUCACACACAGGGAUACCAAUGAAGUAAUGGUCUUAAAAGAGUUGUACAGAGUGGACGAAGAAGCUCAAAAGAAUUUUUUGAAAGAGGUAGCUGUGUUACGCUCGUUACACCAUAACAAUGUUCUCCGAUUCAUCGGUGUUCUCUACAAAGAUAAAAAGCUGCAUUUGGUCACCGAGUAUAUAUCAGGCGGUACUCUGAGAGCCCUACUGCACGAUGCGAACGAAAUUCUACCGUGGGAGCAGCGUACGUCGUUUGCUAAAGAUAUAGCCGCCGGUAUGGCUUACUUACAUUCCAUGAAUAUCAUUCAUCGAGACUUGAACUCGCACAAUUGUCUCGUACGCGAGGAUAAGACUGUGGUCGUGGCCGACUUUGGCCUCGCCAGGAUAAUACAAAAUGGCAACUCACCCGACAAUCGUAAAUACAACAGACAUUCCGACGGAGAGGCGAAAACUUCUAAAAAAGAGCGGAAAAAAAGGUAUACAGUGGUCGGGAAUCCAUAUUGGAUGGCGCCUGAGAUGAUGAAGGGCAACAAAUACGACGAGAAAGUGGACAUAUUCAGCUUUGGCAUAGUUGUUUGUGAAAUAAUCGGACGAGUCCAAGCCGAUCCCGAUUAUUUACCAAGAUCCUCAGAUUUUGGUCUAAAUCAAAAUGUAUUCAAGGAGAAAUUCUGUUCCAAUUGUCCAGAGAUGUUCUAUAUGAUCGCCUUUCUUUGUUGCGACCUGAACCCUGACAAGAGACCGCCUUUUGAGGUUAUGCAUAUCUGGUUAAAUGGUUUAGCGAUGCAUUUAUCAGUUGGGGUAGAGUUACCUUCGGAUUUAGAGUUUGAUAUUAGAAAUUACACAGGGCCAAGUACAAGUACUAGUGAAUCUAAUACUCCAGAGAGUUUAGCGCUUCAAUUGAAGCCUAUUAAAGAAGGUCAAGUGCAUCAAGAGAAGAAAAGGUGCAGUGGAUGCGACGACAGCACGCUGGAACGCGAGGAUGUUGUGCUCAAUAACAAUAUGCUUCAAGUGCCUGACGUGAUCAGUCCUCGUGGAAGGUACACCAGGCAGAACAGUAAAACGAGCGAGUCGUCUGGAAACUCUGGUCGUUAUUCGAGACAAAACUCGAGAUCCAAGGAAAUUUCUAUCGAAAAGCCAGAUAUUGUUAUUUCGCCAGAGGCUAGUGUAUUUGUUGGCUGUUUCCCGAGACAGGCGAUCAAAUCGAACGAAUCUUCUCCUCACUAUUCCAACGACAAACAGGACUCACACGUCAAACAGAAUGAUCAGACUGAGUGUAACCCGAAACGGAUACCAUCUACGAUUGAAAAAAUCAGAUAUCUGGGCAGAGCAAGUCCGUGCUCUCUGUCGGACACUCCUGAAUACAUUAUCGAUAACAAGUGCUCGUACAAAGUGAAUAAUAUUUUGAACUCAAAGUCACCAGAAAAGAGCAACGAGCAUAAUUUGGUCAGCAGUGGUGGCCAUUCGAGAACCAAGCUAGAGGGCAAGUUCAAGAUGCCCGAUGCAAAUUCUGUCAGUUCCUAUUUGAAACAAAUUGGUAAAUCUACGACGAACACUAUGGAGAAGGAGAAUAAAAAUGACAGUCAGAACGAUAAUGAGGUGAAGAAGUCUGGUGCUGAGACCCCAAAGUCAUCGUCAGGUUCCUAUCUGAGAAGGACCAAGAUUUCUCCCACGAAGGAAACGCCAAAGAAUGCAUUUUCGACACAGAAAAACGGACAAUCCGAAGCUGGUACUUCGUUGCAAUCAAAAGUAACCGUAAGCCCAGGAGAAGUAGUUGAAACUGAGCCUACCAACGACAGGGUGACCAGACAGGAAAGUAACGUGUCAGAUAUUGGCAUUAUAUUGUCCAGGCAGGGGAGUCUCACAGUAUUAGACUGCACAGUGAAACACAAAGAUACGAUGUACAAAGACUAUUCGCCUUUCAAUACCCUGCAGGAGGAUCUGCACAGAGAGGGCAGUUUCAGGAAGAAUGCUGCGCUUCAUUAUACAGAUAGUGUCUAUUCGAACACGAGUCUUUCCAAGAAUGAUGAUCUCCUUUCUUAUAACACAAGAAAUGAGACUAACAUGGAUAACCAAAAAGACUGCACUACGUCCAUCCAAGAUUGCGCUAAGCUCGAGUCCAAUGAUUCGAAAAAAUCGGUAAUCGACACCAAGUCUGUGUACGAUAGCAAAUUGUCUAACUCUUUGACUGAGUACACUGACUGCUACAAGAAUAUAAAUCUAUGCAGGCAGGAUAGUUUCGGUUCCGACAGCGCGGUUGGUACCAUGAAGAGUGACUUUUUCGCCGAGUUGGAUUUCGUUCAAUUGAGAGACGGUAGGCAUACACCGGAUUUGUGCCAUACUCCUGAUCGGUGUUGCACGCCGAACAGGGCGACGUCGCCAAUCGAGAGCACAGCUCUGUGA